AUGGUUUCGACUUGGACAACAAUUGCAGUACUGGUUGCACUUGCUUAUGUUGUGCAAGCAUGGUUAAGGAGUAGCAAUAAUAAGACAAUACCUCCUGGUCCAAAAGCACUCCCAAUUUUGGGACACAUUCAUUUGUUAGGAAAGCUUCCGCACCGUGAUCUGCAACACCUAGCCAAAGAAUAUGGUCCUAUCAUGUACAUGCGCUUUGGCUUCGUCCCCAACAUCAUCGUCUCAUCAUCAGAAGCAGCUGAGCAGUUUCUUAAGACACAUGACCUUGCUUUUGCUACUAGGCCACCUCUAGAGUCUGCCAAGUAUAUGUCUUAUGAGCAGAGGAACUUGUCCAUGGCCGAAUAUGGGCCAUAUUGGCGCAAUAUACGCAAGUUGUGCACUGUAGAAUUGCUUAGCAGCAAUAAAAUAAAUUCUUUCAAGUGUAUGAGAUCCGAAGAGCUUGGCCUUUUGGUCGAAUUCAUUAAACAAGCAGCCCAUGAUCGUGUUGCCGUUGAUCUUAGUGCCAAAGUCUUGUCCAUGAAUGCAGAUAUGACUUGUCGGAUGGUGUUUGGGAAGAAGUACACGGACAAGGAAUUCGAUGAGAGGGGUUUCCAAGCUGUGUUUCAUGAUGGCAAGAACUUGGCGGCCACUCCAAACAUUGGCGACUACUUUCCCUUUGUCCGGGCACUUGACCUUCAAGGACUGACUCGGCGCAUGAAGGCUGUUAGCAAGGUGUUUGAUGAGUUCCUUGAGAAGGUAAUUGAUGACCAUGUUCAAGCUAGGGACAAAGGCCAAACCAAGGAUUUUAUUGAUAUCAUGCUGGCCUUCAUGGAAUCUGAAGAAGUUGAGUUCCGUAUUGAUCGUUCUCAUAUCAAAGCCAAUUUGCUGGACAUGCUUGCAGCUGCAUCUGACACUUCAUCAACAACAAUUGAGUGGGUGCUCUCAGAACUCUUAAUGCAUCCACGAGUGAUGAAAAAAGUCCAGAAAGAGUUGGAAGAAGUGGUGGGCAUGGACAGGAUUGUGGAAGAAUCGGACCUGGAAGGAUUGGAUUACUUGUACAUGGUUCUAAAGGAAACCUUCAGGCUCCAUCCGGUUGCACCAUUACUGGUCCCACACCAGGCCAUCGAAGACUGCACCGUUAACGGUUUUCAUAUACCGAAAAAGUCUUUAGUAACCAUAAACGUUUGGGCAAUCGGGCGAGACCCAAAGGUGUGGACUGAUCCUGAAAAGUUCAUUCCAGAGAGAUUUGUUGGGAGUACUAUUGAUGUUCGAGGACGCGACUUCCAACUCAUCCCAUUUGGCUCUGGCCGAAGAGGCUGCCCUGGGAUGCAAUUGGGUCUCACGGUGGUUCGAUUAGCAGUGGCGCAAUUGGUGCAUUGCUUUGAUUGGGAGCUUCCAAACGGCGUGUUGCCAACUGACCUCGACAUGACUGAGGAGUUUGGUAUUGUAAUAAAUAGAGCUAAGCAUAUAGUGGCCAUUCCUACUUAUCGCCUUCACAAAUGA